AUGGAGUCCUUCGAGGGAUCAGGCACCUUCUUUGUUGAUCAUGUGCUUGAAGCCGUAGACAGCAUGACUGGAUCCAAGCAGCCCAAGGUCCUCCUCUUCGACAUUGGCGGGGUGGUCUCGCCCUUCCAAUCCAUUCUCGACUACGAGCUCAGUCUCGGCAUCCCGCCAGGAUGGGUCAACUACUCCAUCUCCAAGACGAGCCCGACCGGUUUCUGGCACCGUCUGGAAACGGGCUCAAUCCCUAUGGAUAAGGCCUUCUUUGAAGGUUUCACCAAAGAUCUUCACGAUCAAGGUCGUUGGGUGGCAUUUUACACUGCACAGCAAGUCAAGAACCCAUCAUUAUCAAAGGAGGUCCCGACUGUGCCAGACAUUGAUGGAGAGUAUUUAUUCAACACCAUGAUGACCAACUCGAUCCCCCCGGAUCCAUGGAUGUACCCAGCGUUGAAGAAUCUGAAAGCCAGCGGUAAAUACAUUCUUGCCGCUCUAAGCAACACCGUCGUCUUCCCGGAAGGGCACAAAUUAUGGACGAAGGACUUUCUCGAUCACCCUGUCCGCAGUCUCUUUGACGUCUUCAUUUCGUCAGCGCAUGUCGGCCUUCGAAAACCUGACCCGAGGAUAUAUCAACUUGCUGUGAAGACUGUCAAUGAGUAUGCGAUCAAGAACGCAGACUCCGAGAGAGGCCGGGCCUUGGGCUGGGCCGAUGGGGUCAAGCCAGACGAUAUUCUCUUCCUCGAUGACAUAGGCGAGAACCUCAAGGAGGCUAAGAAGCAGGGGUUUGGAACCAUCAAGGUCCACCUUGGCAGGACAUAUGAGGCUGUUGAAGAGCUUGAGAAGGCUACGGGUCUGGCGUUAGAAGGAGAUCACCCAAAGGUCCCUGUUAAACCAAACCUGAAAGGAAGCGGCAAGGCUAAGUUGUAA